AUGCCCCUUCUCGAAUCCCAUCUGGAGCAGAUUGCUCUAUCGUCGAAUGCCAUUGCAGAGUUACCGUUUCCGGCUCCCCGCAUUUUCACCAAUGCGCUUCUCGGUCCGCACGACAUCACGGCCCUGAUCCGAGAUACUGAAGCUCACGAAAGAGCGUUGUUUCAGGUGGAUCCGGACAGUAAAAACCAUAGUGCUCAACGACGUGCCACGCGACGAGGGACCAUGUUUCCCGCUGAGCCUGAAUCCGAAUCUAUGGCCAGUCGCAUCUACUCUGCUCGAAAUCAUCGCAACCAGUCAGCAGUUGCACGAGUGUUGGGCCAUGAUAUGAUGGAGGAGAUCAAACGGUCGGCCGGUACCUCCACCCGAGGUGGACGAAGGGAGGUCAACAUUGGGGUCUUGCUCCGAGGGGCCGAAAUCUUGUGCAAUGUCUAUCCAGUAUCCGGCGCGCAAGAAAAGAUUGAGACCCUCCGCUACCGCCACGAAACCAUUUCCGAAUCAAUUGCACGACUCGAGGACCGGGUUGCCGCCAAUGCUGCCGAACUGGAGCGGAUGCGCCACUCGUACGGCGAUGAUGAGCCUGACGUCGCGCCAGCGGAGCCGUCCAAUCCGGACAUUUCGAGUGUCACCGAUCAAGACAUCGAGCGCGAGCUCUCCGAGAUCCGAGAGCUUGAGCGAAGGAAACGCGCGCUUGAAGCGCGUGUCAACGGUCUCGAUCGGGAUUUGGGAGGGCUCAUGUCUUGA